CCCCAUGGAGCGGGGAGGCGGGCACCGUCUGCUCCCGGAGCCGUGACCCGAUUUGGAGCUGUGUGUCGCAGCCGCCCCGACCCCCGCGGAUCAUGCGCCGUCGCCCCUGGCUCGCCGGUCCCACCGGGCUGUGAGCCCCCCAUUCCUGGCCCGUCACGGCCCGCGCGCGAUGGGCAGCACCCACCCUUGCCCCUGGCUGCGGCUCCGACCUCGGCCCCAGCCGCGGCCCGCGCUCUGCGCGCUCCUCUUCUUCCUACUGCUGCUGGCUGCCGCCUUGCCCAGGUCUUCACCCAAUGAUAUUCUGGGCCUCCGCCUCCCCCAGGAGCCCGUGCUCAACGCCAACACAGUGUGCCUGACAUUGCCAGGCCUAAGCAAGCAGCAGAUGGAGGUGUGUGUGCGCCACCCUGACGUGGCCGCCUCAGCCAUCCAGGGCAUCCAGAUCGCCAUCCAUGAGUGCCAGCACCAGUUCCGGGACCAGCGCUGGAACUGCUCUAGUCUUGAGACUCGAAACAAGAUCCCCUAUGAGAGUCCCAUCUUCAGCAGAGGUUUCCGAGAGAGUGCCUACGCCUACGCCAUCUCGGCAGCUGGCGUGGUACACGCAGUAUCCAACGCCUGCGCCCUGGGCAAGCUGAGGGCAUGUGGCUGCGACGCGUCCCGGCGCGGGGACGAGGAGGCCUUCCGUCGGAAGUUGCACCGCCUGCAGCUGGAAGCGCUGCAGCGCGGUAAGGGCCUGAGCCACGGAGUUCCCGAGCACCCUGCCCUGCCUCCUGCCAGCCCAGGCCUGCAGGACUCCUGGGAGUGGGGCGGCUGCAGCCCCGACGUGGGUUUCGGAGAGCGCUUCUCUAAAGACUUUCUGGACUCCCGGGAGCCUCACAGAGACAUCCAUGCACGCAUGAGGCUCCACAACAACCGAGUGGGGAGGCAGGCGGUGAUGGAGAAUAUGCGGCGGAAGUGCAAGUGCCACGGCACGUCAGGCAGCUGCCAGCUCAAGACGUGCUGGCAGGUGACGCCGGAGUUCCGCGCUGUAGGGGCACUGCUACGUAGCCGCUUCCACCGCGCCACGCUCAUCCGGCCGCACAACCGCAACGGCGGCCAGCUGGAGCCGGGCCCCGCGGGGCCACCCUCGCCAGCCCCGGACAUUCCGGGGCCUCGGCGCCGCGCCGGCACCGCCGACCUGGUCUACUUCGAGAAGUCGCCCGACUUCUGCGAGCGCGAACCGCGCCUGGACUCGGCGGGCACCGUGGGCCGCCUGUGCAACAAGAGCAGCGCGGGCCCUGACGGCUGUGGCAGCAUGUGCUGCGGCCGCGGCCACAACAUCCUACGCCAGACGCGCAGCGAGCGCUGUCACUGCCGCUUCCACUGGUGCUGCUUCGUGGUCUGCGAAGAGUGCCGCAUCACCGAGUGGGUCAGCGUGUGCAAGUGAGCGGACGGCUCGCCUCUCUGCGCCUGGUCCUCUGCGGCUUGCGAUGUUGGCCGGGCAGCGUCGCCUUGGUUCCUGGGAGUGGAGGAUGGACCACAAAAUCUUACAGGAACCUCCCAGCUCUGAGGUCGUCAAGACUGCAAUCACGGGACAGUUCAGGCCCGCUCAGACCCCCUGCUCACUUCUGUGGCCUCCAGGACCGGUUUGCCUCCCGGGUCUCUGACCCAAGCUCAGACAGUUCCGUCAGGCUGGCGGUUGCCCUACACUCUAGGGCAGUGUCAGCCAGGCAUCCUCUGGGCCUGCCUCCUUUUAUCUCUUCACCCCUACCCCUGGAGGGGGAGGGAAUGAUUGGAAGCUGAUGGGGAGGGGGAGGAGGAUUAAAAAGAAGAAAUGGACAUCACUGAGCUGAAGUGACUCUGCGGAGGCCUCAGACACCUUC